UUUCCUCACACUUUCUCGAGAAAAUCAAAUCUCUUAUUUUCUCUUCCGUUACUUUCUAAUCGACAUGGCACGUACCAAGCAGACAGCUCGCAAAUCCACCGGCGGUAAGGCUCCAAGGAAGCAGCUGGCAACUAAGGCCGCCAGAAAGUCAGCUCCGGCGACCGGAGGAGUUAAGAAGCCUCAUCGUUUCCGUCCAGGAACGGUGGCUCUGAGAGAAAUCAGGAAGUACCAGAAGAGCACUGAACUUUUGAUUCGUAAGCUUCCGUUCCAGCGUCUUGUUCGUGAAAUCGCCCAGGAUUUCAAGACUGAUCUCCGAUUCCAGAGCAGCGCCGUCGCCGCUCUACAGGAAGCUGCUGAGGCUUACCUCGUCGGUCUUUUCGAGGAUACUAACCUUUGCGCCAUUCAUGCCAAGAGAGUCACCAUUAUGCCGAAGGAUAUUCAGUUGGCUCGCAGAAUCAGAGGCGAGAGGGCUUAAGUUUCGGUCCUGGUAGAUUCUAGGGUUUUUAGAAUGUUAAUGAAUCCCAAUUCUAUGUUCUAUUGUAAUGAGGGCUCGUCUUUUGCUGAAUUAAAAUGUUAAUGUGUAUCUGCUUUGAGCAAAUUGUGUGUUAAUCUUAGUAGUAGUAUUUGAUGUCUAGUUUGUAUUACUGUUACAACAAAGUAUUAGUAGAUUUUGAAAUUUCAGAUCUGACGUUACUACAUUA